AUGCACCGGGUUCGUUGGCCCGCCCGGCCGCUUUUUUCAGUCGUUGUAGCCGUACAGGCCUCCCUUGCCCGAGGCAGGAAAUCCCAACCUGGCAGAGGCUUUGCGCAAGCUUCGGAAGCCCGGCACGACAUCGCUUUACAAAUUGACGUGCCGAGUCUGUUGCCGUUCACGACGCCGCGGGUCGGCUCGUCAAAGUUUGUGGCAGCAAGAACCACUCGCUUUCGGACAUUCCAGCUCUGCAAGCAGAUCAUGCCACUGCUGCGCAGGAUGCAUGUGCAGAGUGUGGAAGGCGCGCUCGCUUUCCAUGAGGACUCCACUCCGGAAGUCCUUCAGGAGGUCUUGGUGUAG